ACUAUAUUGAAAGUCCGCACACACAGGAUCGCGCUCGCGCUUCAUUACUCAACUUUUGUGAAAACCGUCCUUGCUAUCAUGACAUCGCAUUUCGUAAGCUGGGACAAGCCCGCUGCGGGCUCUGCAAUCAAAUUCUGGAACGAUGAUGAGUUUCUGAGUUGGGAUAAGCCGACGCCAGGGACGAAAGAGCGGCUACUCCCAAAAAAAGGUCCAGUGACCAAGUCCACUAAACCAGCUGAAGUCCCAAACGGGAAGAAAACUGAAAUCGUGGGCAAGAGCUCGACAAAGACGUCAGAUACAUCUGUGGGACAUGAACUCCUCGGCUCUAGGAACGACAAAACCAAUGGAUCAGAGAUCUCGUGGCUAAACACUCUCGAAACGAAAAACGUAUCUUGGUUGGCCGAACAUGUCUUCCUCAAUCACAUAUUAUUCCCCACUAGCGGCUACGUCUCUAUGGUCCUCCAAGCGGUGAACGAAUUGACCAACGGAAAAUCAUCUUCCUACACACUGAGAGAUACACAAUUCACAUCGGCUCUCCUACUCGACUCAAACUCGAACGUUCAGCUCAAGACUAAGCUUCAACGCAUCGAGAACGCUGCUGGCAAGGAAAUUUGGUACAAAUUCCAGAUUGCAUCGUCUUCCGGUAAUGGUAAAUGGACAGAGAGAUGCAUUGGGCAAGUUUCCGCCCAGCAGUCACCCAAUCCUGAUCCUGCACCUGCUCUAGGCCAAAAAGACCCACUGGCAAGACUUGUCGCGCAGAACUACUGGUACGAUGUCAUCGCAGACGCCGGACUUCGCUAUGGCUCGAGUUUUCAAAGAUUGUCCGAGAUAUCCACCGGUGCAUCAGAUAUGAAGGCAAUUGCCUCAGGUUCAGAGGUGGAAAACACGGCGAAAUAUGUCCUUCACCCGGCGACAAUAGAACAGUGUGUGCAAAUCUUGAUGAUCGCCAAAGCUCAAGGACAAGGUCGAAAGCUACGAAAAUUGUCAACACCGAGCUACAUUAAAGACCUUGUGAUACGGGCCGGCGUAACUGGAGCAUUGAGACUGGAGGGGAAGUGUACUAACACUGGACCGAAUGGUUUUAUUGGCGAUGCCUCCAUGACGUCUAGUGAGGGUCGAUCGGUCCUUUCUAUUCAAGGCUGCAAAAUGUCUACUAUCUCCAGUGACUUACAAAAGAUGCAAAGCAAGCUUUUUUCGACUACGAAAUGGAUCGAUGCGACGCUGAAGACUGCCCUUCGCCCUGAGAAGCGGAUCACCCUUUUACUGCCAAACAGUAGCAACCCCUUCUGCAACACCGUUCAAAAGUACCUCAAAGACAACAAAAUCGACUACGACACUUGCAGUCUAGAAGACGGUCUACCGACAGGCCAAGAUAUUAUCUCACUUCUAGACUUUGGCGAACCUCAUGUGUACAAUUUCACCGAAGCCAGUUUCCAGAACUUCACCACCAAGAUGUCCGCUUUCAAGGGCUCUGUGUUGUGGGUGACGCCCUCGGCGCAGACGGUGUGCAAGGAUCCCAACACGUCGAUGAUUGUCGGGCUAGCGAGAACGCUAAGAGUGGAAUUGAGGAAGGACUUUACCACCGUUGAGGUGGACAGUGAGGACCCGGACGCUACCAAAAGAAUCUUCCAGGUGUACCAAAAUCUUAAGAACCGACCUAAGAGCAAAGAUGUGGAUCCCGACUAUGAGUACGCAGUGGUGGAUGGAGCAAUCAAGACACCCCGACUGCACUGGACCACGACAGAAGAGGAAAUUGCAUCAAACGCAAGCAGUGGAGCUACAGAAAUCCCCGUUAGCUUCCGGUCCGAUGCGUGCUACUUCCUUGUCGGAGGGCUGGGUGGCCUUGGCCGGGAAAUUUCCCGCUGGAUGGUGGAGAAUGGCGCUCGCCAUCUCCUCUAUUUAUCUCGCUCCGCAAAAGAGAGUGCGGACACCACACCUUUCUUUGACGAGUUAAGAAGCCAGGGAUGUUCGAUCUCGACGUUUGCAGGGAGCGUAAACAGUUUGGAGGAUGUGGAAGCGGCCGUGAAGCAAGCAACGAAGCCAAUUGCAGGUGUCAUGCAAAUGUCUGCCGUGAUGAGGGACAAUUUCCUAUCACAAAUGACAUUCAACGACUGGCAAACAUGUGUACAGCCCAAAGUAAAAGGAACGUGGAACCUCCACAACGCACUCUCCAAGUCGCCUCUAGACUUCUUCCUGCUCUUUUCCUCAAUCUGCGGAAUCACUGGUCAAUGGGGACAAGCCAACUACAACUCGGCCAAUUCCUUCCUCGACGCCUUCGUAAAGUACCGCCACGGUCAAGGCCUCGCCGCGUCCGUCAUCGAUAUCGGCUUCAUGGGCGGUGUCGGCAUGGCGACAGAGAACGCAGCGCUCGUCACGAACCUCAAGAAGAGCGGGUACUACUUUUUGUCGGAACCGGACCUUAUCGAUGCCCUCGCGAUUUCCAUUGCUCAUUCCCGACCUGGAGACGCAAAAAGCCAUUUUGCGCUCGGUAUCACUACUACGAAACUCAUCACUGCACCUAGUUGUCGGCCAGCAUGGAAAAAGGACGCGAGGAUGUCGGAGGCUCAUCAAUAUACCCCGCCGGGCGAGCCCAACUUGGAAGAGGUGAGGAGUCUUGUUGAUGGCGCGCUUGGAAAUGCUUCGCGUUGA